AUAUAUUCAUAUAAAUACGCAUACACUACAGCACCAGCCACCAGGUUGACCAGAAGAAGCAGAGCUCGUGGCGCACGCUCAUGGAAGGAGCCAUCUCUACUUCCCCAGGCGCAAGCAGGAUCGCCGUGGUCACCGGCGGGAACAAAGGUAUUGGGCUAGAGGUGUGCCGGCAGCUGGCCGGGAACGGCAUCACCGUCGUCUUAACAGCCAGGGACGAGACGAGGGGCGCAGCUGCCUUGGAGGAGCUCAGAGCGCUGGGUCUUUCCGACGUCGUUUUCCAUCUGCUGGACAUCACGGACGCGUCGAGCAUCGCUAGGCUAGCCGGUUUCUUGAAGGCCCGUUUCGGGAGGCUAGACAUUCUGAUAAAUAAUGCCGCGUUUGGCGGCGUCGAAUACGCCCGGGGUCCUGCUGCUGCUGCUGGGUCAGUGACAAGUGAAGAAGAAUUGAGCGGCAUGGAUAGGGAUCAGAGGCUUGAAUGGCUGUGGAGGAAUACCCGGGAGACUUACGACGCUGCAAAGAAAGGCCUGCUGACGAACUACUACGGCACCAAGCAUGUGAUCGAAGCGUUGCUGCCUCUGCUCCGAGCCUCCUCUGACGGAAGAAUCGUUAACGUCUCCUCCGACUUUGGGCUGCUUAGGUUCUUCCGAAACGAGGAGCUGAAGCAAGAGCUGCACAACGUCGAGAAGCUGACCGAGGGGAGGCUGGACGAGCUGCUGGACGCGUUCCUGGAGGACUUCGAGGCCGGCGAGGCCGACGCGCGCGGGUGGCCGGCGGCGUUCGCGGCGUACAAGGUGGGCAAGGCGGCCAUGAACGCGUACUCGAGGAUCCUGGCGGCGGAGCAGCCGACGCUGCGCGUCAACUGCGUGCAUCCUGGCUACAUCAAGACCGACAUAACCUUGCGCUCGGGGCUCCUGACGCCCGAGGAAGGCGCGGGUAACGUGGUCAAGGUGGCGCUGCUGCCGGGAGGCGGGGUCACCGGCGCCUUCUUUGAAGACGGCCAGGAGGCGUCGUUCGUGUGACGUCAUCUGUUGGACACUUGGACCGGCAUUCAGAAAGGAGAGCUGGAGUUGGCGAUGGUGUGGCGUGCACAUGGGAUAUUUAAAUUUAUACCCUUAGUUUUGUCACCUUCCUCAUUUUUAUCUUUAGUUGAAUUUUUUACUCAGUUUUAUCUUUCUGCUCUAUAACAUUGGAUUAAAUAGCUCAAUGAUUAAUAGUGGCAUCACUUAUUGUUAGAUCAUU